AUUCAUUUGUGAUCAUUCCAUUGGUAAAGUUCAGUCCGUCAGCUUAUCGUUCAAUUAACCUAAGGCAGCAGCAAAAAGAUGAAGGCCUUCCUCGUGUUUACCAUGAUCCUUGCGAUCGGAGCCUGUGCUGCCAUCGACGAGCACCAGCACUGGGAACCUGAACACGGCGAUGUCCACCUCGAACACCAGGAGAGCUAUCGCCAAGCCAGCAAACUAUCCACAUCGAUCAGAGGUAAUGUUCCGGAUGAAAAGGAGGAUGCUUCCGUUGAGCCAGAUGAAGCGCACUCCUACUCCGUGGAGACCGAGAAGAAACUUUCCGUUCACGUUGAUCGGCCAGUUCCAUACACAGUCGAGAAGCAGGUGCCAAUCGUUCACAAUGAAUACAUUGAGGUGCAGAGGCCAUAUGCAGUUCACGUCGAGCGACCAGUUCCGGUGUACGUCCACAAGAAGGUGGUCGUCGAGAAGCCAGUGGCGGUGACCGUGCGAGUCAAGGAACUCAACAACAAAGGCUGGGGACUGUUCUAAGAACAUGUAAUUUUGUAACAACGUUAGUUCUAGGGAAAUCAAAGUUCGUUGAUUUUCCUAUGUUUUAAUUCCCUAUGCGAUCAUCGGCAAAAUAAGUUGUCGACAAUUGGA